AUGGCGACCUAUAAUCCAUUCUCUAAGCGCGAAUCGCAUACCCGCUAUUCGCUCGGGACCUAUCGCGUUCUCGUUCCCCUUUCGUGGCUGCUCGUCGUGGUGGCCGGCAUCUACUACUCCGGCCACGCUCCCCAUGAUGUCAAGCACGGCCAUACCAUCUGGAAGCAGGCCAACAAGCAUAUCACUCCAUUUAGUUUGAGCACGGUUAUUGGUGGGCUCUACUGGGUCAUUGUCCUUCUCUCCCAAGUCGGUUAUGUGUACCAUUUAUUCUCCAACGAUGCCGUAGUGGCCACUGCCGCCGCCAAUGUGGGAUCCCACUUCAUCCUGAACAAUCUCUUCGUCUUUGCUUGGAUCCUCCUGUGGACCCGCAGUCACUUCUGGGGUUCGGAGAUCAUCCUGAUCGCACAUUUCUUGAACCAGCAUGCGACUUAUUGGCGGCAUCGUACGCUGCCAGCGGUCGCGCACUUUGCUGCCGUCGCAGCGCCCUAUGCCUGGACCCUGAUUGCGCUGUUCUGGAACGGGGCCGUCGCCGUGAACAGCAACAGUCUCCCGGCGAGAAUUGUUGCCAAUGUCUUCAUCUGGGUGCUCUUCGCGCUGGGCUCAGCUCAUAUCCUGUCUACCCAGGACGAUCUCUUGGGUUACAGUCUGAGUCUUCUGACACUGGGAUUGGCCGUGAAGCAGUUUGGCGUCAAGAUCAUCUCCCUGCAGUGGAUCUUUGCCAUUGUCAUCUUUGCGGUUUUCUUCGCGGAGUCUCUCUACAUCUCGCUGACCAAGUACUCUGGCCGCAAUGUUCUGUUCCGCCGGGCUGGACAGCCGGCGGCGGCUGAUCGCGAGAGGGAGCCCUUGCUUCACGACCCAACCCAGCCGGCAGAGUCAACCUAG